CAGGAUACCACAACACAGAGAUCACUACUUUUAAUGAGACAUUCUAAAGAUGACUUCUAGAGCCAAAAAGCGCAUUGUUCUUCCUUCUCGACCUGAACCACCUACUGUAGAACAGAUUCUGGAAGAUGUUCGUUGUGCAAUAGCAUCUGACCCGGUAUUCGCUUGUGACCUCAGCGAGGAGACCUUUAUUCCUACUCAUGAUGCAUCCAGUGAGGCAAAUAAGCAGUACUUACAGAGUUGUUCUUAUGUGCAAUUAAACAACAAGUUGAAGGAAGCCCAGGACGAGCUAAAGGAACGAUGUGAGGUUUUGAAAUCUUCUGGGAUUAAGCUUGAAAGUGUUAUUGAAGAGCUAAGAGAAACAGGCAUGUGAAUAUAGUUCAAGCGUAUGAUUUUGUUUUUGGGACAACUACUUGGUGCCAAUGAUUUUUGAGGGUAUAGGUGAAAAGAACUAUAACAUGCCACUCGUUAGAGUAUACUCAUCCUUUACAACAAGCAAAUGCUGCAUUGACAUUGUGUAUCCACUGAGAUAUGUGCACAGCACAAUAUAAGUAUGAAUUCUCCCUGUGGCACACUGAACACGAUACAAACAUUGCUCUUCAGGUUGCUGGUAUUUUGGA